UAACUUCACGCCGUGGCUUUAAAUGGGAAAGCCCUCGGCGCCGCUGUGGGAGUCUCCUUUAAAAAGCCGUGCCGCGUCACUGGGAUGCUGUAGCCGGAGCUGCGCAGCCUUCGCCGCCGCCGCUUCUCCAGCCUCCACCGGGAGAACCCACCGGUCCCGCCCGUCGCCCCCCCCCAACGAUGACGGCUCCGUCAAACCUGACCCCGGCGUCGCCGCGGGACCAGCGCUUCCUGGUGUUGUUCGACUUCGACGAGACCAUCAUCUGCGAGAACAGCGACGACACCAUGGUGCGCGUGCUGCCGGGCCGGCGGCUCCCGGACUGGCUGAGGAGCAGCUACAGAGAGGGCCAGUACACCGAGUUCACGCAGAAGAUCCUGGCGUACCUGUCGGACCAGGGCGUGGCGAAGGAGGCCAUCCAGUCGGCGGUGGAGGAGAUCCCGCCCACGCCGGGCCUCCUGAACCUCCUGCAGUACCUUGGGAGCCGCCGGGAGGACUUCGAGCUGGUGGUGAUCUCCGACGCCAACGCGUUCUUCAUAGAGACGUGGCUGGAGCACGCGGGGGUGCGGCCGCUCUUCCGCCACAUCUUCACCAACCCCGCCAGCUUCGACCGAAGCGGCCGCCUGGUGGUGCUGCCCUUCCACUCCCACUCCUGCCCCCGCUGCCCCGAUAACAUGUGCAAGCAGGCCAUCCUCCGCGAGUACCUGGUCGCCCGGCAACGGGAGCGCGGGGCGCCGCCCUUCCAGAGGGUCUUCUACAUCGGGGACGGGGCCAACGACGUGUGUCCCUCGCUGGCGCUGGGGCCCCAGGACACCGCCUUCCCCCGGAGGGGCUACCCCAUGCACAGGCUGCUGCUGGAGGCGCAGCAGGCGCAGGCGGCCAGGUUCAAGGCCAGCGUCAUCCCCUGGGGCAGCGGGGACGACAUCGUGGAGUGCCUGAAGAAAAUCACCUCAGAGAGAUGAUGUGUUUGGGAACAGGGGAUGCUGCAACACCAUGUCACGCUCCAUCUGGUGUUGUCGUACUCGCUCUUACAUGCACUGUAUUCCCCCAAAAUGCUAAGCUAACACUCUCAUGCUAACGCGGCAUGGGUGUGUGCAGUAUUGCCCUAUUGGACCGCAGACACAGUGAAUAGGAUCAAAGGUUCAGAUUAGCAGGAUCAAUAAUGGCCAGUACAACAAGACCGUGAAUCACACCACAUUUAAACAUCUCUCUGUGUCUCUGAGCGACGGCCGCAUGUGGGAGAUUUUCACAACAUUCAAGGCCCGGUCAAGGACAAAAUCAGGCGUUCCAGCAGUAUCUAGACAAAAGCCGACGCCUUUCAAGUCCGGCAGGGACGAGGAGCCCAGCCUGAUACCUGUGCUCUUAUUACUGAUACCUAAUCCAGGGCUUGUUUAUACAGUGGUAAUCUACACCAGCAUGCAAUCUAAAGGGAACCUGUAGCCAGAUGCCUGCUGCUCAGCCCCACUCCUUUAUCCUGUGACUGUGAAAUAAUAAGAGAAGAAUUUAUGCAAAGUACCACUACAAGAUUUAAAAUUUUGUCCGUGUACUAUCUCCACUUCUACUAUAUUAAAUCCUGAUUAUUCUAUUAAACACUAAAUAUUAGUCAGAUAGUGUCUAUUUAGGCUUAGGAUCUCUGAAAUGUCCACUAAGUGUUUAUGAAUGAAAGCGCAUGAAAGGCCAAUCUGCCUUUUUGCCAUAUUUGCAUAAUGAUCUCAACAUGUAACCUCAUUCUGCCUCAUCUGAUGCAUUACAGGGAAUGAUCAGUAUAGUUACACAGACCAGGAGCGCUUGUGUUUAGUGAUUUAGUUUUUAGCGUUUUUCUUUUCGAAUGCAGAAAAGGUGGAAUAUUGUGUUGUGGAAUCCUCGUUUCCCAGUUUGGUGUCUAAAAUUUGACUAACAGGCUGCGCGUUCCUGUUCAUUAGUUGAUUUUUGCAUUCAGCGUUUCACACUAAACCCUCACUGCUACUGAUCCUGUUUGUGACUUAAAGCCUGAGACACAACAAAUAACCGAGUAGUAGUUUUGUAUUAUAAAUGUUUGUCAGGAAACAAUGAGAAUCGUGUUGGUGCUAAUAAAAUGCGGUAUAAUAAAGAAAUAGUGAUUAAGUAAUAAAUAAUCUAUUAACUGUAAAAUAUGUCUAGCCUUAAAAACAACAUGAUGCGUUCUGGACAUUUUGUUUUACAACCUUUUUUUUUUCUCAGGGAGAAGGGAAGAACACGUCAACAUGCAGACGUUACGGGAAAAUGUGGGAAAAUAGAUCGAUUUGCACUUUCAGAUUUGCUGCUCUAAGAACAAAAGUGCUCAUUUGUCAUUCAAGUGUUUUCUGUAAAUGCUUAGGAGACGUAACCAACGCAGCUGGAAUUUGAGCAUGAAAUUCUCUGAGAUCAAAUGAAAGCUCUGUUACUACUGCUACUAAAUAUGUGAACAAUGUAAGAGAGGAUGUUUACAUUCGUUUACAUUAACCGUCUGUGUUUGUGCAAGACUUCCAAGGAGUUCUGUGCAAUAAUAAUAAGAUGCUGCAUACUUGAUGUAAAGGAGAUUAUGGAAAACCAUGUUCAGCGUUGUUAAAUGACCCCGUAUCAAUAGACCAUUGUGUUAAUGCAGUUUUGAAUUGGUUUUAUGAACUGGUGUGUACGAUGUGUCACGAAUCAUAGGCCGCAUCGUAUCUGGGAUGAACUUUAAUCACAUGUGUAAUGUGUCAUUGUGACAGGAAUAUAAAGCCAUUAUCUUGUUUUUCUGUU